AAAACUAGAAGAAAAAUCAGAAGCGCACCCUACCGCACCACGGGGCCUGCAAACAUAACAAUUGGAUACAGAAAAACAGUGCUCGGAGCCACCGCUCAAAUCUGUUCAAGCCUUUCUCCUUCAUUCCUUGCCCCUCUCACCUCACCAAUAAUUAAACACACACAAAUAUACGCCUCAAGAAUAAAAACACGCACAAAUAUAAAGAAAAUUAACGUUGCUGUCUGUCUGUGUUUGCUUCUUGAUAUCAAAGCUCUAAUUUUGUGCCGGCGUUCGGUUCUUCCUCGCAGAACCCCGAUUGUGUCCCGGUGCAAUUUCUAUUUUUGCCCAUGAAACGAGGGUACUCGGAAUCGUCGUCCACCUCCCUCGGGCCUCCCCAGUCGAGAUUCAAACACAACCCAGAAGGUGAUGCCGAAUUCUUGGAGGAUGAAACCACAAAAAAAUUUGCACGUAAAGUGGCCGAUCAUUACAGUGCAAGGACGAAUCAAACUCUAGAAGAACGAGAAGCUAGUCCAAUCAUCCAUUUAAAGAAGCUUAACAAUUGGAUUAAGAGUGUUUUAAUCCAGCUAUAUGCUCGCAAAGGAGAUGCUGUUCUGGAUCUUGCAUGUGGCAAGGGGGGUGAUCUCAUCAAAUGGGACAAGGCAAAAAUUGGGUAUUAUGUUGGAAUUGAUAUCGCUGAAGGCUCGAUAGAAGAUUGUCGUACUCGUUACAAUGGUGAUGCUGACCAUCAUCAGCGUCGUAAAAAGUUUACAUUUCCUGCGCAUCUUAUAUGUGGAGAUUGCUAUGAGGUUCGCCUGGAUAAAGUCCUGGCUGAUGAUGCCCCCUUUGAUGUUGUCAGUUGCCAGUUUGCCUUGCAUUAUUCCUGGUCUACUGAGGCACGUGCGCGGCGAGCCUUGGCUAAUGUAUCGGCUUUACUGCGCCCUGGCGGUACUUUUAUUGGAACAAUGCCUGAUGCAAAUGUGAUUAUCAAAAAGCUCAGAGAAGCUGAAGGAUUGGUCUUUGGUAAUAGCGUCUACUGGAUACGCUUUGAUGAAGACUUUUCUGAAAAGAAAUUCAAGUCUUCGAGCCCCUUUGGUAUCAAGUACAAGUUUCACCUGGAGGAUGCUGUUGAUUGCCCGGAAUGGAUUGUCCCAUUUCAUGUUUUCAAAUCGUUGGUCGAAGAGUACGAUAUGGAGCUAGUUUUGGUGAAGAACAACCACGAAUUUGUGCAUGAGUAUAUGAAAAAACCAGAAUUUGUGGAGUUAAUGCGGAGGCUUGGUGCAUUGGGUGAUGGUAACCAAGAUCAAAGUACACUAUCGAAAGAUGAAUGGGAAGUAGCUCAUCUCUAUUUGGCAUUUGUCUUGAGGAAGCGAGGGGAACCUGAUCGGAGACAAGUAAACGGUAGGAGAGACAAGGGGAAGAUGCACAUAUCAAAAGAGGACGUCAUGUGCAUAAGUAAUGACUAAUGCAACACCAAUUAUGUCUUGAAUGCCCAUUUUUACAGCAGACGAGCAAUGAAUUUGCACGGCAGGAGAAGCCUGCUUAGCGGUAUGGCAAAGCGAAGAGCUCGACUCCCCGCACCGUUCUACUAGCUACGAUUACAAGUGGAUGUAAUUGUUCAGUUUUGUAGAUUAAUUAUGAUCUAAGAUUUGUAAUUUUCAUUGUCAUCAAAGCAGCAGAGGAAAUAACUGUUUGUAGUAUCUCUGCUAUGAGAAAUAGUUUAACUAGUCAAAGGUAAGCCACACAAUGGACAACCUAAUUUUGUUGAAUUCGUCGUCUAUGAGAUUCUAAGACCUCUCAUUUACAAGUGAAGAGGAAAAUUAUCAGACUGUAAUACUAAGUGUCUAAAAACUAAAUACUUAUAUUAUUCCUGAGAUUUGGAGAAUAAAAGUUACCAUACACUUCAAUUAGGACGUUUCUCAAAGUUUGUCAUUUUUUAAGUGAUUAGGAAUUAAUCAGACGGUGGCUAACCGCCUAGCAUGUGAGCGAAUUUUAGAGCGUUGUUAAAAGCAUCUACAAGCCAACCUAAGACGCCAAACUAGUCAAGAUCAAGCAUUCUAAAUGCAUAAAUCAUAACGAAAAUCUGACCACAAAACACUCUCAGAAAAGUGAACCAUGACAAAAAUCCAUACUACCGAAACUGCAUAAGCUGUACAUAUUAUGUCACUACCUUCUUUGUUGCUUAACGAAGGUUUCACACGAGGUACUUUCUGAUACUGUAUUUGAAAAAG